AUGAGUUCUCAGUCGACAUCGUCCAGCGCCCCGGCCACCACCACCACCGCGAGCAACAAUGGAAACAAUGGCAACAGCGGAGGUGGCGGUCCAACCAACUCGCCCCUCCUCUUCUUUGUCGCCCUGGGCUUUGGUGUCGUGUUUACGAAUCUCUGGAUCAUUGUUGGCGUGAAGUACUGCUUCCGCUACAACCAGCGGAGUCGACUCGCCCGACAGGCUGGCGGCGAUGCCGAGAUUGAUCUCGCUGCCAUGCAGCAGCCGCCGCGUCGUCGCAGGAGAGAAAAGAAAUUGAUGACGAUGGACGAGGUCAAUGAGCGCUUCCCUUUGAUGAAGUACAAGAUGUGGCGCGCUUCUCGCGAGCGCGAAGGCCUGUCCACCGCCGGAGGGAUAUCCGCGGCACCCAGCCGCCCUGCGAGCGUUAAGAAUGCAGAGGGCGCUGUUGCUGCUGCUGGUGAUAGCCGUGCUUCUGAAGACCUGGAGAAAAGAAUUUCCCAGCCACCGGCCGAUCAACCAACGCCGUCUUCCGCCGAUGGGCCCGCUAAAGCUAACGAACAGCAACCGGAAACCAAUCAGCUGACUUCUGCCGAGAAGAACCUGGAGCUGGAGAAAUGCAAAACUGUCGCGAGUACCGUGGAAGAACCCAACAAAGGCCAGGAAUCUGUUCACGACGACGACGACGAUGAGGACGACGACCCUAUAAGGACCGCUACACCCCCGGAGCUUCUGCAGAGUCCUGGCGAUACUUGCGCAAUUUGCCUUGAAGAGCUCGAAGACGACGACGAUGUGCGCGGUUUGAAAUGCGGCCAUGCAUUCCACGCCGGAUGUCUUGACCCGUGGUUGACGAGUCGUCGCGCAUGCUGCCCGCUGUGCAAGGCUGAUUACUACGUCCCCAAGCCUAAGCCUGAGGGCGAACAAAAUCCGGAUUCCUCUGGUCGGCGGAGUCAAGGUCUCCGGAUGCCUCAGGCCCCUCAGUCGGUGUGGAUUGGGACUCGGUCUGCGUUGCCUGGUCGCGGCGGUCGCACUAUGGUCUUUGCUCGUUCCAACGAAGACGAGUCUCGUCGAAGUCGUCGGGCUCGUGAGGCAAACGCUCAUCAAUCACAGGAACGACGUCAGCAGCAGAAUCAACAGCAAUCAACAGAGGGCGGCACUGGAAUUGGCGCGAGGAUAAGGAAUCUUCGCCCGACGAUGCCGACAAUCAGCAACCCGUUCGCUCGCCGCCAGCAGAAUGCCGGCAAUGAUGGGAACUCCACCGGACCGUCACCGAGCCAGCUGGAAGCUGGUACGAGAUGA